AGUCCUUUUGCUUCUUCGGCUUCUCCUUGCAACCUAGUGAGAGAUUCUUGAGUUUAAGGCAACAAAAUCGUCAGUUGCUAUUGCUGGUGACUUCUGAGCUUCCAGGCACGAAUCCUGCCUUCAAGGGAUUCUACCUGUUUUGACAACUUAACACAAAGUUCAAUGAUUGUAUUAUUCUGACGGAUCAGGGUUUUUACUCCUGAUGGUACAGACAAUUUAUCAGAAGAAGUCAAUAAACCAAUUCCUGGUGCUUCAGUUGUUUCAGACGCUUUGAGGGCUUCUAAAUACACCAAGUCGUUUUGACUCAUUCAAUCAACGCUCUUUUGAGCUGUUGAAGAGUCUCUUCUAUGGAUUUGAACUGUCCUUGUUGAUUCCAAGACUGGUUUUCCAAGCAGACCUGUGUCAAAGAAUUCACUCCUCUUUCUAACCUUUCUACUUUCCUGGCAAGCUGUUGAACAGAGGUUUCUAAGAGUUGAAUUUGAACUUGUUGAUUUUUAAAUUCCUUCAGGUUGACUUUACUGGAGAGACAGACACGAUCAUAGAUGACAGCAAUAUUAUGAGCUAGUUCUUUAGUACUGGGUUUUUCAGUAUGGGCUAAAUCAAGAUAGCUUAGGCGUGAUGUAUCUGAUUUUUCAUACCAUUCCUUUAUAUUAUGUUCCCAAAUAUUUGUCAUAAUUUAUUAUUGAUUCGGAUAAGAUUAUACAUAUUAGUCUGGGUGUUCGUUUAUUACUGGUCUGAGAAAGAAAAUACAGAAGUCUUAUCCAAUAAAACUACCAAGGUCUUUAAUGAUUUUCUUAGGUAUUAUGGAACUCACCUUUUUGAAGGGCUUACUGCGGCCUCCUGCCUGUUGCCUUCUUACGUCUUUUGUUCUUCAAAUACCACAAGACAAAUUAUUAAACCUUAAGAUAGCCAUAGAUAAAGUUUUAGCAUUAAUUCCUUCCUUUGCCCUGGCAAUAAAUUAACACUUUUGCCUUGAUAUGCAUAAGAUUACCUUUCGCAAUAAUUCAUUAGAUACAAACUUUAGAAAUUAAAUAUAUCAGUUUGGAAUAAAAUAUCAUACCAUCAGAGGCCUUUGCUAUCCUGAAUGAGAAUUAGUUAGCCAUAAACAAAACUAGCUCUGAUACCAAAUGGAGGAUCGUAGAAAAUCUCAACUAAACAGGAUAAGUAAAAUAAGAACUAUAUAGAAAUUUUACAGACCUGAAUAAGCUAAGAUUACAAGCUGGAGCUACAAGCGGAAGACUGAUUUACUCACUCUAUCUCAAGUAUACAAGUGUAGUUGUUCUAACUUCUCUUGAUGCUUGAGUUUCUAAACUUCGACUCUAUUUAUAGACCCAUAAAAGAUAAGCUUAAUAAAGGUAGGGGAUACGUGCCGAGUGCUCAUUGGGCCUCAUCGUCGUACUAUCGCAAACCUUAUCAAGAAUCUUAUCAUUACAGGACUGAAUAAUGUAAAACACACUAUACGACAAACUAAUAUUCCAACACCUUUUCUCAGUGGUUAGCUGAGUAGUGAUUGAAGUGGAAUAUUAUUACAUUAUUUGACAGACACUGGGACAAACACUGGGACCCACCACGUCCUUCCUAUUCUUCAAGCAUUAUUGACCAGCAUUAUUGACAGACACUGUUGAUCAAUAAUGGGGACUAAGACUUUGAUCUACAUGCUCCAAGAAGAUAAAUAUUAUUGGCUUGGAAAGGAAGGAGGAUACAGGGCACAAAUUAAAGUCACAUCGGAAAUCUACCAUUGUCAGCAUGAAUGGGACCAACAGAACCCAUUACCAGAAGAUAGAAGACCGGAGUGCACAACAUGCAAAAGAGAUCUAACUUCAUAUUCAAAGGCUUUCUGUAACAAAUGCAAUGCCUUGACAUGUGCAUUAUGUGCCAAGCCUUACUUUAAUUUCACAUCAUUCAUCACUCGAAAGACUCCAAUUCCUUAUAAUCAGAAACCAUUACUCCAGGAGCAACAAGAAUACAUUCGAUGGUGUGAAGCUGAAAUGAAGAGGCUUCGAGAGGAAGCAAUUCAAUACAAAACAGAGCUUGAAGAACUCAAGACAGUAAUGCAAUUACAAGAUGAUGAACGGGAACUCAGAAGAAAAGGAAAGUAUAAAGAAGAAGAGCUCCAUGAUUUGGAAGCAGAAGCAUUGGAACAAGAAACUCAUGUUCGAUUUAAGGAAGUUCCGGAAACAGCUCUUGCUCUUGAAGAAAUGAUAGCUGGAGGAGAGGUAAAAGAGAAAAAGAAGAAUAUGCUCUAUAACCUCACGGUGGAACUUGAAAUUCCUGGUCUUCAGAAGAUCUCUCUACACGCAAUCCUGGACACAGGAGCAACAACUUGCGUCGUAGACUCUGAAUCAGUCCCAGCUGAUG